UUGUUUUUUUCUCGCUCGAGGGGGGGUGCCAGGGAGCUGCCACACACGCGCGAGCUCCUGAACGAGCCGUGAUGACGAGCUAACACCUCCUCGCGCUGGCUCAUAAUUAAACCAUCGCUCGCGCCACGUGGAUGUAACGAGGAGGACGCGCGGCUGUAGCUUUGUCUCCCUCGUUGGAGGCUUUUGCAGCGCUUGGACAUCACGGGAGCUUGUGUAGACGGCGGGGACAUGAAAUUACUGUAACAAAGAGACCGCGUCUUAUCCGAGCUUUGCGUACCAUCAGGAAAAGAAAGGAGACACUCCAGUGGUUGAGAUUUGGAAAACAUGAGCCAGAGUGAUUGGAGCAUGUUUGAACUUGAGUAGUCAGCUGUCUGAAGAGCAGGGAGACCUGGAUAAUAACCAAGAUGAAGAAACGGCUUGGAACAAGUUCCAAUCCAUCAGAAUCGCCUUCCUCCAAAGUUUAGCAAUUCCUGUUUACGGAUGUCGGCAUGUUCUGAUGCCAGUGUUCAUAUGCUCGUAGUAAUCAGGCCAAACUGCUACAGUUUCACCAGGACCUCCUACAUCAGGAUGAAGGGAACAGGUGCCCCUCAGGACCGUGGCUGCUUGGUGGGAAUCAUUUUCUUCAUUCUGGGCCUGGGAACAUUGCUACCAUGGAAUUUCUUCAUGACCGCCUCUUUGUAUUUCCAAGGUCGCCUGAACACAACAGAAUGGAGCAACGGCACGGUGGUGAUCCAGAAAGAGUACUACUUCAACAACUGGAUGACCCUGCUAUCCCAGCUGCCCCUGCUGCUCUUCACCCUGCUCAACUCCUUCCUCUACCCGAGAAUCUCUGAGUCGAUCCGCAUCGCAGGCAGCCUGGUGUUCAUCCUGCUGCUCUUCGUUCUCACAGCAGUGCUGGUCAAAGUGCCCAUGGAGAUGGACCUCUUCUUUUCCGUCACCAUGGCUACUAUCUGGUUCAUCAACUCGUUUGGUGCCGUGCUGCAGGGCAGUCUGUUCGGCCUGGUGGGUCAGCUGCCUCAGAAGUACAGCGCCGUCUUCAUGAGCGGCCAGGGCCUCGCUGGAACCUUUGCUGCCAUCGCCAUGCUGUUAGCCAUAGGCAGUGACGCAGACUCCGAGUCAGCAGCGCUGGGUUACUUCAUCACGCCGUGUGUGGGAACGCUGGUUACGCUCUUCAGCUACCUGCUGCUGCCCCGCCUGGACUUCGCUCAGUAUCAUCUGAACAAAAGCACCAAGUAUGAGGAGGGCACCACAGACGAGCUGCUCAAAGAGAGCAGCACCGCGGAGGGCGGCAAGCAGAAUGGCCACGCCAAUGGCUCAGCUGGGGGCAGCCCGGUCAAGACGGAGGAGGACCCCGACGCAGACAAGACCAAGUGUGCCAUCCUGACACUGGAGCAGGACAACAAGGGCGAAGCCAAAGCUUCAAUCAUAGAGGUCUUCAGAAAGAUCUGGAAGAUGGCAUUCUGCGUGACGUUCGUGUUCACUGUCACUCUCUCCGUCUUCCCAGCUGUCACCGUAGACGUCAGGACGUCAUUCCCAGGAAACUGGGAGCGCUACUUCAUCUCUGUGUGCUGCUUCUUGACCUUCAACAUCAACGACUGGCUCGGACGGACUGUCACCACCUUGAUACGCUGGCCUCGUAAAGAGUCUAAUCUGUUCCCGGCACUGGUUGUCUCCAGGGUGCUGUUCAUCCCUCUGCUGAUGCUCUGUAACGUCCAGAGUCGCUCCUACCUUCCCGUCUACUUCUCCCACGAUGCCGCGUUCACCAUCAUCAUGUGUCUCUUCUCUGUGUCCAGUGGCUACUUCGUCUGCCUUUCCAUGUCGUAUGCACCACAGUUGGUGGAGCCCAAGGAUGCAGAGACAGCUGGAGCUCUGAUGACCUUCUUCUUAGCCCUGGGUCUGUCCAUCGGAGCCGCCCUGUCCUUCCCCCUCCGAGCUCUGGUCUAGACACAGACACACACACACACCUCUCUAAAUAAAUACAUGAAAACACAGCUCAUGAAGUGUCGUUGGUCAUGAACCGAUGACGACAAAAGAUGAUUUGAGACUUUUUGUGUUGACUGUUUUUGGUUUAUUAAUGUUGACUCUUGGCCGUGCUGUGCUUUAGCUUUUGGGUGCAGCUGAUCACGUGUAGAUAAAGGGACACCUUAGAAAGACUGACUUAUUUUAUUUUCAUAUGCUGGAGUCAACAACAACAAAAAAACUUUGUUACAACUUGUUUCUGCUUUGUUUGUUUGGUUUUCAUGAGUUUUGGUGAAUCUACUUUUUGUUAGAUGACUUACUUUAGGUACUUUUUUUAAUUCUUUACAGCGAACAAAGAAAUAUAAAUGUAAUAUUGUGCUGUACAUCACCAUUGGAAGUCUAAUGACACGAUCAGAUUACUGAACGGGGCCAACUCAUAAUUUAUCCACGCUCACGGGACGUUUUCCAUCGCGUCCCAGCCUCCUGUCAGCGUCAGCACUGCCAUCUGCUGGUCUGCACACUGCAGCACUGCAACAGUGAGACACCUGGCGACAUGUCAGAGUUCACGAUAACAGGUUUUGUGAGUGUGACGACAUUCUUCAGCUGACGUGACCUCUAGUCUUUGACUGUUUUGUAACUAAAUGGACUAAUGUGACGCAGCCAGUAAAAAUCUGAUGAGACGUGAACGUUAGAGUAAAAAGGGAGAAAGAAAAGCACUGCUGAUGAAUCCUUCUGUUUAGUAUUGUAUAGAUAUUGUAUGGGCCAGUUAAUGAUGUCAAAUAGUAUUGGAUUUUGAGACAUUACCAAUGUGCCAAUGACUUAUAAUAAUAAUUUUAGUUUUUUUUUUUCUCUUUUGUAGUGCAUAAACUUGUAAAGUAACUUAUUCCUCCAGUUUGAUGUAGAUUUCUUUGUUUUAGCCACAUGAGCAUAAAAUGUAUAUUCAGUGAGUCUUUAAAUGAUUUUGAUGACUGCGUAUGAGUACUGUAUGAGCUGUGCCAGCUGCUGCUCAUAGUGGACCGAGUCCCAGUGAUGGGACGAUUAUCAAAUUGUGACUUCCUCUCUGCUGCAUUCACAUCUAUCUGAAAUUCUCUUCAGCUUCAAUACGCAUACACGUAUGUUUAAGUUAAUAGUUUACAGCAAACUGUAAAGCAAUGUAAGCUUUUAGCCCUGCCAAUCCUGAAGUUGACAUGUUGUCAAUGCAAACUAAAAUCUGAAGUGUUUUCAGCAGGAAGCUGAAAUAAACCACAUUUCUUCCAGAAUGUUAACGCAGCCUCAGUAAUGAUGAACAGCAGUCACUGUUUAUCCCAUUAAAGUAUCAAACAUGGUGUAUAAAGAAUGUAGACUGACAUGAAAUGACGUGUUCUCAUUUUUCUCAAUUCUACUAAUAAUCAGCCUUAAUAACAAAAGUUCUCGUUGUGUUCCUGUCACAUAUGACUGACUGUAAAUACAAGCUGUCUGCCCCCUUGUGGUCAUAAGCAUGUACUGUCAAAAUGCACAACAGGAAGUCCUCCAACCAGAUAACUGCUAGAAUAUCCUGACUCGAUGCAUUCCCACAUCAUCCCAGCAGACCACGUCACUUGAGUUACAGUAAAGGGAAUUGAUGCCUGUGCACAUUGAUGUAUUUUUGUAGAUCUGCCAGUCAAUAAAUGGAUGAUGAUGACCA